UUUUUUUUUCGAAUCUGUACAAGGCAACUCGUGUGUUGACAGUCUAGGAUGUAUUCUAUAAACCAGUGGAUGCAUGGUUUUCCAUCAGUCUUUAACAGUAUUUUGUUUUGUUUUCUUGUCUGCAGAAUUUAAUUUAAGUUAUCUGCAAUCUACAAAGUCUAGUAUUGUAAGAAGGAAAUUGUACAAAGUUGUGAUGAGUUAAGGAAAUGGAAAAUGAUCCUGGGUAUUUCACUGCAACGCUACCUGAAUCUUCCUCUGAAAUUGAUGGCGAAUUGACCAUUCUAGUGGACGAAGAUGGGGAGAUGGUGCUUGAUAUUACUCAGACGCUGUCAAAUUUUGUUGACCAAAAUCAAGAAGGCAGCCUAGUGAUUAUCACAACUGAUGAAUCCAGUUCUCAACUCGAUAAUUCAACCAUUACCUGUAAUGUGUCACAAGAAAAUGCAUGUGAAAAUUCUUUUCAGUUGGAAAAUACUAGUAGUUUCGUUGAUGAUUCACAUCUGUCCAUCCCUCAAGUGCCUACAGUGGUUUCAGACCUCAAUAAGGACCAAGCACAAUUUUUUCUACCCAGCAACACCUCAGAUGUAAACAACUAUGUAUCUCCAGUAUACAUCACAGGAGAAGGGCAAACACUAUUUGUUAUGGAAUCUUCAUUGCAAGGAGCUUCUAGUCAAGUCAUUACAAUCGAUUCACAGACAAACUUCUCAGAAGAAAACCAUGGUUGUGAUAUCACCAGUACUAAAAUUCGCCGACUUCUUCCGAAACCGCCCAUCAGUAAUUCCACGGACGGCCAACCAAAUACUCCCGCUGCUCUUGGUCAGAAGAAGCGUCAUAAAAAUAUCUCAACGUUAAACUACGAAAUCUGCCCCAUGAAUCCUGAUGUGGUCGUCACAACGGGUGAUGGGCCUACGGCGCAAAAGUUUUUUGUAUGCGACAAGUGUCCCACUGAAGAACCUAUGAGAUUUGCACGUUUCGAAGAACUUUCUCGCCACUACGGCAAGAUACAUCAUUUGCGGCUCGUGAAAAACGCAUCUGUGUAUUGCAGAGAAGAAAACUGUCCCUUCAAAUCUUGGAGAGUUGACGAUCUCAGAAAGCAUUUGACCAUGGUCCACGGAUUCCAAAUGGAUAGUCAAAUUCACAACUUUACGUCGAUGGAAGAAUUCAUGGCAUGGAAAACUUCCGAAGAGAAAUCCUCGGGUAGUAAAUUCAAUCGGUCAUCAGGAGAUCAGCAAAUCAGGCGAUCAGACAAUCAAAAAGUUUCAGUGUACAUUUACUAUGCUUGCAAUCGCUCCGGAACAAAGCGGAUUAGAGCCUGUAAAGAGAGCGGCAAAAAGAAAAAAUCUAAUAGGCCAGACAGUAUCAAGAUGAACGGAACCUGCACAGCUUCAAUUCGCCUUAUUCACGAUAAAGUGUUAAAUCGAAUCUCGUGCGACUAUUGCCCAACGCACUACGGUCACGAUAUCAAGGAGCCACAUCGACAGAAUCUGAGCAAACAGGAGAAGGAUUGGAUAUUAGAGUUGCUGCGUCGGGGUUGGAACUCGGACGAAAUCGUGAAAACCUUACGAAACGGCACCAUAACCGGAACCAGUAUACGAAUGAUGAGUGUGACACGGCAGGACGUGUUUAACGUUUGCCGAUCUCACGGUGUCGCGAACUUUGAGCGUCGCGAUCCAGACGACAAGAGCAGCGUGAAAUUGUGGGUGGAUGAGCUGCGCUCCAAAUCGUCUGUUCUUAUCUGGAAUCCAGAAGACAAUGUUCUUCUUUUGGCCGUGAUGAACGAGAAUCAAACGGUACUCGCCCGAAUUCAUUCUCGCAUCGUUUACGUUACUGACAUUUCCUUCACCUGGGACCGCCAUCACCGCCUGAUUGCGCUAAGUGCUUUGUCUACAAUAGAUGACGACGCGUAUUUGCUCGCUUACGCCAUCACAGAUCAGGAUGGACUGGAAGCCUUGCAGGCCGUUUUCGCUGCAGUUCAAGCGAAAUUGGGGCAAACGUUCCAACCAGAAUUCGUUUUUUCUCAAGAUCCGUCGAGAGUAGCUGACGCAUGGAUACCAGGAACGGAUAGCUUUCCGAUCUUUCUUUGUUCGCCGUGGAAUGUGGAAAAAGAAUGGGAUGAAGGCCGAGUCAAGUACAUAGAUAAUGAUCUGAAGCGAGAAGCCGUUAAGAAGAGUUUAGACAUUUUGCUGGCUGAAAGCGAUCCUUCGAAAUUUUCUACUUUCCUUCAGCUCGUCAACGGCAUGUUGAAUGCAGAUGAAAGUUUGCAUCAAUUUUCGCAGUUUUUCGUCACCAGCUACGCCCAGCAAGCUGCCCACUGGUCGAGGUUUCAUCCACUACCAGACUGCUCCUCGCUUCAACGGCUAAAUGUCGAGUUGGAACUGAUAGCUCGUCGGUGUAGAGCGCUCAAACGCUUGGACAAGUGUAUAUACUCUCUCGAAUUCCUGUCCUCCAACCAGCCUUAUCAACCAAUGACGGAAUUCCGCUGCAGCUCCACCCAAAAAGAAUCACAAGAAGUAUGCAAUCUACGCCGCGAAAUCGCUGAACAAAUGAAAACCCUAGAGCGUGUCGCUCAUGAAUGUGAUAACCUGGAUGCCCUGAAGAGAAUCAAUGGGGCCAUCAGACAAGCUUUGGAGUAAACAUUGUUUCGUCAGAGAAGUGGAAUUGUUUGUAUAUUCUUUGAAAACUUUUUCUACGGUUGAUUUUUUUGAAACAAAAAAGCGGAACAACAACAAGAACAGCAACAAAAAAAAACUUUAAAAUUGGUUUUUCGUAAUUGAUAAAUUGACGUUUUGAGUGAUCACGGGAGUAGCCGAGCAUUUGCUGCCAUUGGUGCCAGACUUCGCUGCCGCUUGGGCUUCUGCCAACUUUGCCGCUCUCCGUGCAAUGCUUCGCUUUUACAGAUAUUCUCGUGACUUCCGGCCGGCUUGUGUUUACCGAUUGUUGUUGUCGAAGCAUGAACGCCCUUCUCCCAUCCACCAUCGGCUGCGAGUAGAGGACCAUAUUUUCCAAUCGGGAUUUAGGAUCAACACCUCUCUCCACGACGAGGACAAUGCGAGCCCACUGGAACGUACAAAAGAAAAGGAAGUACGGAGCUGUCGAUAACAUGACGAGCACGGCGACGAUGUCUUCCUCGGCUCUCAGACAGAACCAGCGCAAAAAGACCAUGGCGAUGACGAACAUGCAAGAAAUCAGAAAGAGGACUCUCGACGGAGCAGUGGCCUACACAAAUGAUGAAAAUGUUUAAGGACCACCAUUUUUUUUUUAAUGGUGUACGCUCACCGGAAUUUGAUGAAAGUGUUCCACUUUGCGUGAAGAAGGUCGAUGACGACAUCGUCCAUCAGCUCUAAAUGGGCUUCUGAAUCCUACGUGAAAACCGGACGGACAUGGAUAAGGUUUACCGAAGAGACCACCGAUGGCUCCAAGGAAACGAGGGUCGGUUUCUCCCGGACCAGAGCGGCCUUGAACAUCUCCGCCAGAAGAUUCCUUAGUUGCUUCAUCGGAUCUUUUACGACGCUCGGUCUUGUCUCCGCUUUCACCUCCUUGAUCAGCGCUACGGAAUCCUGUUGGAUCAAUGAAAAUUGAAUUAGAGUAAAUGAUUUUUCUAACAGAAAAGAUUAUUAAUUUAUACCAAAACCACCGUUGUAACCGCCGCCUAGCCCGCCAUAUCCGUACUGUCCUGGAUAACCAUAUCCACCAGCUCCAUGAUGGUGGCCGUAGCCAUUUCCGCCGUAUCCACCAUAACCACCGGGAUAUCCUCCAAAUCUGUAAUCCAAUAUUAGAUUUUACAAAAGUUCAUUUAUCGCGUAAUAUUAACUGCGCAUUAACGUGAGUAGUGUAACAAUAUUGAAAUAACUUACCCUUGUUGACCAUAUCCACCAUAUCCGCCGUACCCUCCGUACCCUCCUUCAGGUUGGCCAAUUCCUAAGCCCAAAAUUCCAGGGCAUCGGCCAGGUUUGGUGGUUCCAAUCGGGUAACCUAAUUAAUUAUAUAAUUCUAACUUAAUUAAUGGGUUAACAAAUUCGUUUAAUGCAAUUAUGUUAGUUAGAAAGUAUGUUCGUUCAAUUCUUUUAAAAAAAAGAAUCUUUGUUUUUUUGUGUGUACCUGCGCCGAAGCCGCCACCACCAAUUGGACGAUUAGCUCCUGGUGAAAAAAAAAUACAUUUUAUUUAUACAACAUCAGUAAACAUUUAUCUCUUAAGAUUCCAUUUAAUAGUUGAAAAAGUACUGUCACACAAAAAAUUACUUUGAAAUAAAAUGCAAAAUAUUUACCGCCCAAAAGUCCAAAGAAACGAGAGUCAACAUCUCCAUUGGAAGGAGAACCGGCAGCUUCGAUCACUACGCUGUCGUCAAAGGGGCCAUUACGAGUGCCCACGUUAGCGUUAUCUUGAGAUGUGCUGG